CGCAGAUAUCAACAGCGCUCGGAGGGAGAGGUGUCCGACUGCGACUCUUGAGCUUUAAACCCCCUCAGGUUUGACCUUUCCCUUCUUUCCGAGCUGAGUGGGACUGUGAGGGAGAGCCGUCCUCUUUUUGGAACAUCUGCCAGACAGCUGAAUGAGUCUGGAUCUUUGCCCUAAGAGAGAUGGAGAGCAGCUCACACUUAUCGCAGCCUUUCUCAUCAUCUCCCACUUCUCUGAACCUGACCUCCUCACCACAGCUCAUCUCAUCAAAUGUUUCUCUCCCACCUUCACCGAUCUCGUUCCCGCCGUCCCCUGCUUCCCUCUCUUCAGCAACAGCAGAGUCAGCUCAGUCGUCCUCACCUGCUUCAGACUUUGCUGCCUCUCGUUGCUUCGAAAUACAAAGCACUCAAAGCCCAGGACAGGUGAACACAUCUGACCAGGAUGACCUGACUUGCUUAAGCUGGCUGCACCAGAGAGGUGAUCUGCUCCCUCUGCAGCUUCUUGCCAAAAUGACGCCACUGCCCAAGCAGCAGCCCUGCAUGCCCGCUGCCUCCUCCAAGCCGCCGUACUCCUUCAAUUCCCUCAUUUUCAUGGCGAUAGAAGAUUCUCCUCAGAAGAGGCUCCCAGUAAAGGACAUCUAUGAAUGGAUUGUGAGCAAUUUUCCCUACUACAGGACGGCCACUGGUGGUUGGAGGAACUCAGUUAGACACAACCUGUCGCUUAGCAAAAGCUUCCGUCGCAUUCAGAGAGACAAGAGCCAGUCUACAGGGAAGGGGUCGCUGUGGUGUGUGUGUCCACAGUAUCGGCCGGCACUACUGGAGGCUCUAAGGAAGACCCACAGUUAUCACAGCAACAACAGCAACCUGAUCAACAAGCCCACACUGUUAGAUGGAUCCAGCCAUGAGGUACCUGCAGUGUGUGACACAGUGGAAAUCUCAGACACUCUUUCUCACUCCCUGCUGCUCUCCAGUUCCUCUCCCCAAAUCCACACGGUUUUCUCCGAAGACAUGUUGUGCCCUUUGACCCCGGAUCACGAGGAGCUGGUUACCAUGGAUUCUACUGAAUACCAGCCGAACGAGGUCAGCGAAGAAAAGGACCCGCUGUCUGACAGCGGGUACAUCGAGCUGCAUUACUACGAGUCCGACCAGUGCCAGUACCUGGUGCUGCCAGAAGAAUCUGAGCUGGACCUGGAGACUGUGGAGAUCCUGCAGCUGGACGUGGAGGCCCAAGAAGCGGCCGGGUCCCUGCUAGACCUGGCAGGUGGCGGAUAUUAGCUCACGUCAUUUGAGGGGAGUGGUAGCCUGGUGGUUAGGGCAUUGCGCUUGGAAUCUAGAGGUUCUAAAUUCAAGUACCACUCCCACAGACUGCCACUCUGGAUCCCUGAGCAAAAUACGCUUAACCCCAGACUGCUCCUCUGGCACCCCACGAUGGCAGCCCACUGCUCCCCAAGGGGAUGGGUUAAAUGCAGUGUUCAUUUCGUUGGUCUGCACUUGUGACAGUGUAAUAACAAUAAAACGCUGGACAAAAAAGGAAAAAAAAAAUGAUGACAAACAUUACAGCUACUAUCAUAUCUACAUAUGUCUAAACCCAAAGUAUUUCCUCCUAACAUGUCCACACUGCCAUGGAAAUUGUAUUAAGCUCCGAAAUAUUAGCUUAGAUCUACAGACGAAACGAAGUAAAAACCCAUGUGUAUUCAGGCAUGUUGGACACCCAAGCUCAACUCAUCAAAGAUCAGAACAAAUAUUUUUAAUUCUAAAAGUAUUAAAAGUAAACUUUUAUCGUAUUUCCUGAAUGUUUAACAAAAGCGCUUCCAAACUCAGACAGUUCAUUGUUACUGUUACGCCUUGGUUACAGUUUCUUAAAGUCAAGUAUGAAGUUCAUACAGAUCAAAAAGAAACCGGGAAACUUACUUGCAUAAAUGGAGUUUCAUAUAUAUUUUUUAUUAUAUUCAACUUUUUUGCAGACUUUUCUGUAACAGGUGUUUCUAAAAGUAUUUUGGGAAUAUAUUUAAUUUAUUAUGUUCUUAUGAUGAUAAAUGUACCCCGGUAGUAUGGAGGAUCAAUAAUAAUAGGAUUAUAAGUAGUAAUAUUUAUUAUUUCCAUUGAUUUCUUACUUUUCCUUUUCUAAUUGUUAAUAAUACAUUUAACUAAUUAUUUUCACAAAAGGUGUUUUAACGUUGAUGUUAUGCAUGUUUUUGAAUCUCAAGCUUC